AUGCGCUUCAACUCAUGUGGAGCUGUGGAGGUGUCCGUGAAAUAUGCGAUCCCCAUCAUUAUGGGAGCAAACAUCGGUACGAGCGUCACCAACACCAUUGUGUCGAUGGCACAUGCUGGCGAGCGUCUGGAGCUGGAGCGUGCUUUCUCCGGCGCGACAGUCCAUGACAUGUUCAACAUGCUGAGUGUGGCUGUGAUGCUCCCGGAGGAGGUCAUCCUGGGGGCCAUCACCGGGGAGGGUGGCAUCUUGUUCUACAUCUCCAAAGGCAUCACGGAGGGCGUGUUGGGAGAUGUCACGGACGUGACCUUUACAUCUCCGACCAAGUUCAUCGUGUCCCCUCUCACUGACGUCUUCGUUGACCCGAACAAAGAUGUGACAAAGGCUCUCUCUUUGGGCGCACCUUUGGCCCAAGCGAUGCCCACCGGCCUGACAGGCAGCUGCCCAAGCACCAUGGAUUGCAGCAACUACUUCUGUGUGUCGUCGGCCAUGACCAAGAACUGGAAGAAGGUUAACAAGGAUGCUUAUGAAGCAUUGUCAGAGUGCAGCACCUACUUCCCGCUCUUGAAUCACGGCUGUGGCUCGGACACCUGCUACUUGGAGGCCGACAAAUUCUACACAGAGUCCAUCGAGGGCGGCACCAUCCUUGACGGGGGUGCCUUCUCGGGAAUGGGGGACGUUGCCGGAGGAAUCGUUGGCCUGAUCUUCUCCCUGAUCAUCAUCACCUUCUUCUUGUUCUGCCUUGUGAAGCUCUUGCAUACUCUGAUUAUGGGCAGCGCGAAGAAGGUGAUCAUGCGCGCCACGAACAUGAACGACUACGUGGCCAUCCUUGUUGGCCUUGGCAUCACCUUUAUCGUCCAGUCCAGCUCUGUGACCACCUCAACACUGACGCCACUCUGCGGUGUCGGCGUGCUCCCGGUGCACAAGAUGCUGCCCAUGACUCUUGGGGCAAACAUCGGCACCACAUUCACAUCCAUGUUGGCCGCCCUGGCAGUGAUGAAGCCUGACAGCCUGCAGAUCGCCUUCGUGCAUUUGUUCUUCAACAUCAUCGGCAUCUU